AUGACAACACCAAUUGAAGAACUCAUCAAAAAUGCUAUUGAAAUCAAAGACAUAUUUACUGUUAAAGAAAUGACAAGAAUUAUUGGGAUACAAGCAAAUCAAAGAAAAGAAAUUUAUCCAUUGUUAUUAGGUAUAAGAGAAGGAAUAAAACUAAAUAUGGAAAAGGUUGAAGAAGUAGACGAAUUUCUUCCUUUCUAUACUCCAGUUUUUUCAUCGAACCUUUCUGAGAUUAUGAAAAGCCUUGCUCUUAUAAUUGGUAAUCUUCAAGGAGAUAAAACAGCACUUGCACAAGUAGCUUUGCCAUUGUUAUCACUUGACUUAGAAACAGAUAAAAUUUGUUCACUUGUUGAUAAAAUUGUCAAUUUGUACAUUCCAUUAAUUAAAAAAGAAAACAAAGAAGUUGUUGAAGGGAUAUGUGUUAUCUUCAAUAUGAUUAUUCAAUACCAUUGUCCAGAAUUAAUUAAGAAAUUUACAGAAGUAAAAGUUGAUUUAAAAAAAUUUGUAGUUAAUGAAAUCUGUAUGUUAUGUCUCCCAUUAAUAGAAUCAGUCCAAGGAAAGUUACAAUUAAUCGAUCAGUUAUUACUCUCUUCUGAUCAAAUGCUUCAUUUUUAUGUAUUAAUUUCACAUGUUAUUUUGUUAAAAGAUGUUUUAUUAAAAGCUCCUUCAGCUGAAGCAGUUAUUAGUGGAAUUAAUUCUAAAAUUCCAGAAGAUGAAAUAAAGAAAGUAGUUGGGUUUGCUAAGGCUCUUGUCAGUAAUACACCAAUUUCAAUAACCAAACAAUUAUUUGCUUGUAUUACGAAUUCUCCUCAAUACCAGAGAUGGGUUUAUUCAACCAUUACCACAGGAAAUGUUGCUAUUGUAUCUCCAAAAGAUAUUUUUGCUGAUAAAAAUAAUAGAGGAUUUUCACUAUUUCUUAUUGAUGGAAGAAAGAGAGAGAUGUACCUUAGUGGAACUAUUCCAGGAGCCAUCAAUAUUGAUGCUAGCUCAAUUCAAAGUGAACCCGAAAAUAUUGAGAAAUUUAUCAAAGAUAUUGAAAGUCUUAAGAAAAGUAACACCCACAUAGUUGUAUUUGGAAAUACUGACCAUAGAGAUACUAUAGAACAAAUUCAACAAAUAAUGAUUUGGUUAAUAAAAAAUGGAUUCAGACAUGUUUCAGAGUUGCAUAAUGGAUUUACUGGAUAUCAUUAUUUAUUUGAUAAUGAAAAAGGAUUCCCUGUAGAAAACCAUUCGCUUACAAAUUGUAGUAUUUGUAGAAAACAAGGAGUAGAAGGAGUUAACAAUUUGAUUAGAGCUACCGAGAGUGUUGGAACAAAAGCAUUUGAGUUUGCUAAAGGUUGGUUUGGAACAGCUGUUGCCUCUAUGACAGUCAAAGACAGUAGUGAUGUAAAAGACGUAAAAGAUAUCCAACAAGAAAGUAUAAAAACAGAAACAAAAGAGGUAAUUCAACCUAAACAAGAAACUACUCAAGUUCAAAAAGAAGAAAAGAGGGUUGAGGGUAAUAAGGAAGAGAGUGAUUAUUAUGAAGAGUUAAUGAAAACAGAAUUUCAUAUAAGUGGUGAAAUUAUUGGUGAUAAGAACGAAAGUGUUAUUAUUAUUGUAACCAAUAGAGAGAUGAUUUUGAUUAAUGAAAUUGAUGGAAAGUAUCAAUUAAUUAAAAAAAUUCCAUUGGUAUUAUUAAAGAAAGUCUCAAUGAAAAAAGCAACAUCAGAUGUUAUUACUUUCAAUGGUGUUCCACCUCAUUUACCACUUACUAUUAAAUCAGAAAAUGCUCAGUCCUUCUUACAAUUCUUGAAAAGCAAAUCAGCAAAAAAAGAAAAUAAGAAGACUGAAUAA